AGUGCUAGGAUUGCAGGCGUGAGCCACUGCAUCUGGCCCCUGAACACAUUAAAGUGUAAAUUUUAUGUUAUGUAUUAAUACAACGCACCACACAGACCAAUGAGCCCUAACUACAAUACUGCAGGGGUUGGACCUGCUUGGGAACAGCGUCUGCCAGGACAGUGGCUCACACCUACCCCGGUUGCCGGCAGCUUUUAGGUCUGUGGGGGCAGAGUGAGUGGCAGUGAGGGGCCAGGCAUGGCCCCUGAGUCUGUGAGCUGUGGAGGGAGGGUGGGGCCGGGCUCUGGACCCACAGAGGUACCACGGCUCAGGGCCACCAGGUGUGGCUAGGUGGUCUGCAAGGGCGGUGCUGGGCUCAGGUUUGCCUCACCUGCUGCAGUGCAGACCCUCAGGCAUGCCCUCGCUGGCACCUCAAGCCUGCUGGGAUGGCAGGUGUGCUGCGGGCAUGCCAUCCGACCUGCGCUCAGUGCCUGCCCGGGGAGUGGAUGGAGAGAGGCCCCUGAAGAGCUCCGUGUCAGCUGCAGGUGUGGGGCUGGCCUAGGCCACCGGGCGCAGGUGAUGGUGGGCAGCAGUCGGGGAGACCUGGGCCCUGGUGCGGCCUCCUGCAGGAGCUGCACCCCUCAGUGUGUCUGGUGGUCACGGAGGGGUCUGCCUGCCUCCCCGCAGCCAGCCCACCUGCCAGCUGCCGCCCCGUGCCGUCCAAGGUCAGAGGCCACCUUCCCAAAGGUGCCUGGCCUGGCUCUGUGUGCGGUGGGGGUGGAGUGACAAGCUCCAGCCCCACUUGAGGGAUGUGGGCAUCGUGGCCACAGCCCCCCUCAGCCCCCAGGGAGAUCCCGCCCGAUGGCCCCAUGCAGGGCGCCUUCCCAGGCCCCUGGCUGCUGUCUGGAAGGGCCAUGGAGGCCUGGCCACGAGCAAGAGAGGAAGCAGCUCCCCUGCAGGCCCCGCUGCCUCGGACCCACCUCCUGCGCAGGCCCCUCCUGUGGGCACAGCCAGGCACGCGCGGCCCGGUGGGCUUUCGCCGCAGCGUCCCGCAGCCUGGUGUGUUGGGAGCUGGCCGGCCAGGCUCCUGGCCGAGGCGCCCUGAAGCGGGGGCACUGGGGGCACCUGCUGUUGGGGAAGGUCCUGGAGUGCGGCCCCCCUGCUGGACACUGGCCAGGCUGGAGCCUGCAGUCCAGGCCGGGUGGGGCCUGGCGUGGCCCUGGGCGACCACAGGUGACUGCUGUGCUACUGCGACAUGGGCACAUCCCUGUCACUGUGCUGGGAGCCACAGGUGGUCUAGGGCAGCGGAAGGGUCAGCCGUGUGGCCAGUCCUCUGUGGUCAGCCCCGCACGCUGGCCAGAGACAGUCUUGGGAGUGGGGACGGGUGACUCCCUUCUGCAGGCUGAGGCUGGGCCGCCCACCCCCACCUGUUCUGGGCCUGGCCCGCAGCCCCGGCCCCAGCAGGAGCGGCCAGACUGGAUGGAUGUAGCUGCACCCAUAGCCGGGAUGGCCCCUCUCCAGGCACCUUCCAUCCUCCGGGUGCUCCCUGGAGAGGAGAGGCCGGUGGUUCCCCUGUCCCUCCGUCCUGAAGGCCACGUGGGCCCGUCAGCAGAGUGGGUGAGGACUGCCGGCUCCUAGGAGUCAACAGCCACACACCCCGCCUGCCCACCCUGCAGGGGCACCCACACUCCUGCCUGCUCCGAGGCCCUCAGUCAUCCGCCUGCCCAGCCCCUGCUGUCCCCUGGACAAGCCCAGUGUCCCUUCUCUGGGUGCUGUCACUCCACAUGGAACGGCUGCCACCCUACCUCCCUACCCCCAACUCCGCCCGAGAGCCCGGGGCCUUGUCCUCACGGGGCGGCAGCGCAGGCGGACACGGACCAGGGCUGGGAGGGGCUGGGCAGUAGGGCAGGUGAUGCACCCCGGCCCAGUGCCGGCCCCACGGGCUGCAGCCGCAGGUUGGAGGACAAGCUGGCAGGUGCUGAGGCCGUGGAGACCACCCAGGAUCCACAGCCCCAGGGGACCUCACUCCCUCGCAGACGCCCCUCCUGCCUCUCUGGAGGACAGGUGCCCCUCUAGCGCCUGGCCUCAGCCCUCAGCCUGCUCAUGCGUCCCCAUGGCAACCGUCUCCGUGGGACACAGUGGGUGCCCAGGAACCUUUGCCUGCCCUGCCUGGGACUCCCGCCACGGCCCCAAGGAGCGGACAGCCCCGCCCAGGCUGCCACGUGAGGUACCCCCGACCGUCAUGUGACCCUGCUCACAUGACCGCUGGUGCCAGCCCAGCUUACCCAGGCAUGAGCUCCCAGAACAGGGCACCCGCGGCCCGGCCGGCCCCUUCCUGGGCCCCAGUCCUGCUGCUGGCGCUCGGACUGCACGGCCUCCAGGCCGGGGCCCGCAGAGCCGCAGUCCCCCACUUCCGGGAGAGCUAUUUUGAGCAGCUUCUGGACCAUUUCAACUUCGAGAGGUUCGGCAACAAGACCUUUCCCCAGCGGUACCUGCUGUCAGACGAGUUCUGGGACAAGACCCAUGGGCCCAUCUUCUUCUACACGGGGAACGAGGGGGACGUGUGGUCCUUCGCCAACAACUCGGGCUUCAUGUGGGAGCUGGCGGCCCGGCAGGGGGCCCUGCUGGUCUUCGCAGAGCACCGGUACUACGGGAAGUCGCUGCCGUUCGGCGAGAAGUCCACACAUCGCGGGUACACGGAGCUGCUGACGGUGGAGCAGGCCCUGGCCGACUUUGCGGUGCUGCUCCAGGCGCUGCGCCGGAGCCUUGGGGCCCAGGACACCCCUGCCAUCACCUUCGGGGGCAGUUAUGGAGGGAUGCUCAGCGCCUACAUGCGGAUGAAGUACCCCCACCUGGUGGCGGGGGCGCUGGCGGCCAGCGCACCCGUUGUAGCUGUUGCAGGCCUGGGAGACUCCGGCCAAUUCUUCCGGGACGUCACGGCGGACUUUGCCAGCCAGAGUCCCAAAUGUGCCCAGGGUGUGCGGGACGCCUUCCGGCAGAUCAAGGACUUGUUCCUACAGGGAGCCUACGACACGGUCAGCCGGGAGUUUCGCACCUGCCAGCCACUCUCGGGCCCCGACGACCAGACCCAGCUCUUUGUGUUUGCCCGGAACGCCUUCACCGUGCUGGCCAUGAUGGACUACCCGUACCCCACCGACUUCCUGGGGCCUCUUCCCGCCAACCCUGUCAAGGUGGGCUGUGACCGCCUGCUGAGUAAGACCCGGAGGAUUGCGGGGCUGCGGGCUCUGGCAGGACUGGUCUACAAUGCCUCGGGCACGGUGCCCUGCUACGACAUCUACCGGCUGUUCCGCAGCUGUGCCGACCCCACAGGCUGCGGCACCGGCUCCGACGCCAAGGCCUGGGACUACCAGGCCUGCACUGAGAUCAACCUGACCUUUGCCAGCGACAACGUGACCGACAUGUUCCCCGUCCUCCUGUUCACCGAGGAACUCCGCCAGCAGUACUGCCUGGACAUGUGGGGCGUGUGGCCACGGCGGGACUGGCUGCAGACCAGCUUCUGGGGGGGCGACCUCAGAGCUGCCAGCAACAUCAUCUUUUCCAAUGGUGACCUGGACCCCUGGGCAGGGGGCGGGAUUCUGCAGAACGUGAGCGCCUCGGUCGUCGCUGUCACCAUCCGCGGGGGAGCGCAUCACCUGGACCUCAGGGCGUCCCAUCCGGAAGACCCCCCCUCUGUGCUGGAGGUGCGACAGCUGGAAGCCACCCUCAUUGGCCAGUGGGUGAAGGCUGCGUGGCAUGAGCGGCGGCGGCGUGCGGGCCCAGAGGCUGAGACCAGAGGACGCAAAGGGAGCGCCUCAGGGAACCUGCGGAGUGGGGCACCCUCACCCUCCGCCCGGGUGGUCCGCUGAUCCCCAGGCCGGGCCCACGGUGGUGGCGGCCCAGCUAGGGGACUUUGCUGAGGGAGGGGCUGGCGCAAGGGGAGGGGCUGAAUAAAGUCCCCUGGCCGGCUCA